GUCGCGUCGAGAAACGGAAACUUUCUGAUUCAUCCGAGAAACGCAAGACCCUCGCUCGUGUGAUCGACUGGAGUACCGUUGGUUUGGGCGGUGGUCAGUUGUUGACUGGUCUCGACUUUGCUGGUGGAACUGCCGAAGCUUCCGCUGGCAAUGCGUCAGGUUCCCGAUAG